AUGAUGGGGGCGCUCGGCUCCGUCCUCCCGCUGCUGCUGCCGCCGCUGCUGCAGGUCCUCGCCUCUUCCCCACGAGGCCAGCAGCCCUCCGCCGGAGCCGCCGCCGAAGCGCGGAUCGGCUGCCUGUUUGAGGAUGACCUUUGCAAAUCUUUUGAAAUCUGUGUAAAUGAUGGAAUAUUUGGGAGAUGUCAGCAAGUGCCAGUACUAGACUUCUAUAAAUAUGACAUUUCACCCCCUGUACUUCAGCGCCUAAGGAUCAUUCUGGAGAAGCUCUCGCAGAGAGGUCUUACCUGGAGAGAUGAUUAUACACAGCAUGUUAUUGGUCAGGAACUCUCAAGCAUUCACAAAAUCCACAGCAGGCGCCCUGAUAUAUUUGCAUCUGAAGGAUCUGACACAGGAAGGACUUUGGGACAGAAUGGAGAUAAUGAAAGAAAUUAUGAUCUGGAAAAUGAUGUGAACUUGGCCAAGUCUCUUCAGCAAUAUAUUAAAUAUCUCAGUAUUCUCUCUCAGUCUGCAGCUCCAAAUUUGUAUCCACGGAAGACAAGCGACAAAGCUUCUUUUAAGAGCUACAUCUACGAUGAUCCCAUCAGGUACUACAUGAUGCAAAAACCCAAAGAGGGAGCAGCUCCUUUGGCCCAAGCAUCGACAUCUCAUCAAGAGCAUGCUGAAAAUCUUCGUGGGAGGACCUUCAGCCAGCCUCAAACAGACGAAUUCUCACCAGAAUCAGAAUUGGGGCUUGACCAAAAAGCUCUGCUGGCUGCACUGCAUACAUACAUCACUCAGAACCUGUCAGCACAAAGCAACGAUAAAAGCUCUCGCAGCAGGACUAAAGAGCCUCACAUUUAUGCUGAUAGGGUCUACUCUUCACAAGUCAGUCCUUUUGAUGGAACUUUUUCCAAAGGCAAAGGAGAAGAUUUUAAAAUGAAGAAGCUGUUCCAGCCUAAACCUGUGUCUGCACUGCUGCGUCCAACCCCUGAGAUGCUGAAUCACAAAUCUGCUUCCCAGGAUGAUGCAAAGGUCCCUCUGAGUGUAGUGGAUGGCAAGUUGGAGGCACUUAUUAAAGAUGUACUGAAGGACCUAGAAAAACACCAGGUCAGUGUGGAGAAUCUCAGCUCGAGAGAACUGGAUGAGAUCGCUGAUACAAUCGCCACUGCAAUUCAGACAGCUGGCAUUCAGGAAGGUGUGGAGGAGGCUGCUGGAAAAACUAAAGAAGACAAAACAGGAGCACAGAUGAAAAAAGAACAUUCUCAAGGCAGGGCAGAGAUUCAGACUGGAUUAAUGGAAAAUAGUAUCAGCAUACCAGACAAUGGAGUGCAUGAAGCCAGUGCAAGAACUGAUAAAGAGGAGAACACUGCAAAACUAAUUAAAUUCCUGAAUGAGAAUGCGUUACCUGAAAAUAUACAUAAAGACCUUGCACCUGAAGAAUCUGUUAAGACAGAAGCCAAGAAAUCUGAAGACAUUGACUCUUCCUCAGAAGAAAUAAAUGCUGGUGUGGAAAAUGUAAAAAGUGAGACUAUCUUAAGGGAACUGACAGCUCCAAAGAUCAGUGAAUCUGACUCCAAAGACCCGAGUGAGACCCACCACUGGAUUAAGAACAUUUUAAUGCAGGAUGAAAACCCCUAUAAAGAGCCUCAGAAAAAUACGGGACAAGGCUUACAACUUGAAGUGAAAUCUUCAGAGGAGAAACAAUACGGCUAUAUUGUGACAGUGAAAGACCCCCUGAGUGUGGAAAAGGGCUUGGAGUUAAUAAAGGAAGUGGCAGAUCUCCUGAAACUGCAGAUGGGUGCCUUCGAUGAUGUCAACGUGCUAGGACCAUCUGUGACCUUUAGAGUGCACUCAAACCUCCAAAACAUUUCAACUGCAGAUGUUGCCAAAGCAGCAGCUAUAAACAAAGAGAAGAUUGAAAAAACAACUGGACUGAAAAUUCUGCAAACUGGCGUAGGGGAGAAAAGCAACGUCCCGCCGCUCCCGCAGCGCGGGGAAGAGGCCGAGUCCGCCAAAUUCCUUCUCCUCACCCUCCUCUCCCUCGCCUGCAUCGCCGGGGUCCUGGUGGCGUCGGGGGUCGCCUACUGCUUUCGCCACCGCGCCCACCACCGCCUCAAGGAGAAGCUCUCGGCCUUGGGGGGUGACGCCGGUUCCGACGCCCCCGCAGCUUAUCAGGAGCUAUGCCGCCAGCGCAUGGCAGUGAAAACCUCGGAUCGCCCGGAGCCCCUGCACGCUUCUCGAAUCAAUAGUGUUUCCUCACAGUUCAGUGAUGGGCCCAUUCCCAGCCCCUCAGCCCGGAGCAGCACAUCCUCCUGGUGUGAGGAGCCAGUCCAGUCCAACAUGGACAUCUCCACCGGUCACAUGAUCUUGUCCUACAUGGAAGAUCAUCUGAAAAACAAGAAUCGUCUGGAGAAGGAGUGGGAAGCUCUGUGUGCUUAUCAGGCUGAACCCAAUGCCACCACUGUUGCACAGCAGGAGGAAAAUAUCCAGAAGAAUCGCACACAGGCUGUAGUACCAUAUGAUCAUUCCAGGAUAUGUCUGAAAGCUGAAAACAGCCAUGACAAGUCAGACUACAUCAAUGCCAGCCCAAUUAUGGACCAUGACCCCCGAAACCCAGCAUAUAUUGCCACCCAGGGACCUCUCACUGCUACUGUUGCUGACUUCUGGCAGAUGGUCUGGGAGAACGGCUGUGUGGUUAUUGUCAUGCUGACACCCCUCGUGGAAAACGGAGUCAAACAGUGCUACCACUACUGGCCAGACGAAGGGUCAAACCUCUACCACAUCUAUGAGGUAAACCUUGUUUCUGAGCACAUCUGGUGUGAGGAUUUCCUGGUGAGGAGCUUCUACCUUAAGAACUUGCAGACGAACGAGACCCGCACAGUGACACAGUUCCAUUUCCUCAGCUGGAAUGAUCAGAGGGUUCCUGCUUCCACGAGGUCACUUCUGGAUUUCCGCAGAAAAGUAAACAAGUGCUACAAGGGUCGCUCUUGUCCAGUAGUUGUUCAUUGCAGUGAUGGCGCGGGAAGAAGUGGAACCUACAUUCUAAUUGACAUGGUUCUCAAUAAAAUGGCCAAAGGUGCUAAAGAGAUUGAUAUUGCUGCUACCCUGGAGCACUUGAGGGACCAGAGACCAGGCAUGGUCCAGACAAAGGAGCAGUUCGAGUUUGCUUUGACAGCAGUUGCAGAGGAAGUGAAUGCAAUACUCAAGGCACUUCCCCAGUGAGCAGCUCAGCCUCCCGGAGGUUCCUGCAGGAUCCGUCCCUCAUCUUCCUCAUCCUCAGUCCCUGUGAAUGUUCUUGGAAACCGUGACCUGACUUAAGUGUGUAUCUUCUGUUGUAACCACGUAGUGAUAGGGUCCUUACAAACUCCUUUAGCUGGUUAAAGUUCAACAGUUAAAAUGUGCGUUCUGUUUUUUUGGGUUUUUAAACAAAUUUUUAAAAGUACGUUGAAGCCUCAGAUUAAGUGACAGAAAAAUCCAUCUAAUGCCUUUCACAUCCUCAAAGCCCUGUCACACUUUGAAAGCACACAUUCAUGUUCUUAAUAGCAAAUAUACAGUAUUGUGGGUAAUUAGUGCAGUCAAUAUAGUCGCAGAAAACAGUGUUCUGUUUUAUUUUGUAACUUCUCAAAAGCUGAAUAAGUGUGGAGGGCCUGAAGAGGAUGGUGAUUGCUCCUAUACAAUGCCAAGCAAGAGCAUGAAACAGUGCUGAGGGUGUGAGUAAACAGAGAUCCAGAUUCUGGCAAAGAGAUUGUGCACCUUCUCAUGCUGAGCUUUGGCAGGCAAAUGUUUUCUUAACUGUUGUUUACUUUUCAGCUUUGUGCCAUGAAUGGAAGAAAAUCUGAGCUCUAAGUAAAUAGGCCUGCACAGUUGUUGCAACUAGGGAGAACAAGUUGGUCACCUUAAGGGGAAGCUGGGGAAAAAUGAGCACAGCAAUUCUGACUAUGUACCUACCACUGACAGCACUGAAAAGGAGAGUAUGGACUCACCUCAGGUGAUGGGCAAAGGCUCUGUCAGCAGUCAGGUAAAUAUCCAGAGCUGUAAUGGUAGCAGAUGGUUGAUUUAUGGGAUUACUGAGGAAGGAAAUGGGACUCUCCUCUUUAUAUUUUUGUGUUUCCGUCUGUAAAACUGUGUUUUACCAUCAAUUUUAGCCAGGAGAAUAUAUUUCUGUAAAACUCUGGUUGAAGGAGAAAUCUCCAGUCAGCAUUUUACAAUCCUCAUUGAAUUUGUCUGAUCCAGACACUCAUUGCACCUUUCUGAAGAGGCUCUGCUUGCUCCUUGUUUCAAAUGAUAACUAUUUUAACUAAACUUUAAGGGAUAAAGAAGCACACUGGUUGAAUUUCAGAAGUUCUUGUGUUCUCAAAACACCUGCUGUUGAAAAAUAUGUAUGUAAAUGGUUUGGUUAGGCAGUCUUGCCUAUGUGGAUUUGCAGGUCUGGUUGUGCUGCUCUUCUGAAGGAAUUUAAAUCAUUAAUAGAAAGUACUCUGAUGUGUUUGAAUGAAGGGCCUGAGAGUAAAAUUGUUAAAGGUAUCUUCGUGAUUUAGGCUCUUAAUUUCAUUUUCAAAAGUGAAUGUUUAGAUGCUUUUUCGUAUGUGAUCCUACAUUUCCAUGAUUUAAGAAUUUUGGGGUGCUUUUUUCCAAAAUCUUAACAAUGUUGUAUGCUUGAAAACGUAUUAGGCUCAUCAUAUGACUUCAGGACUGAAGAAUGUAUCAUUUAAUCUAAUUUGGAAAGGGGAAGCUUUUAUAAACUUCUAAUCACUGAAAUGUUAAAGGUAAAAUAUUGCAUAGUUUUGCUGGCACAGGGGUAACAGGCAUCUCUUGAAAUCAACCAUGUUGCAAUUUUGUGUUGUAGGUGUGAAUAUUGGUGAUUUCUUCUUUUUAGCAAUUAAAGAGUUAUUUAAAAAAAAAAAAAAAAAAGGAGAAGGCUUGUUACUUUUUGCUAUACAUUUUUCUAUGCUUUACUUGGUAUGUGCUGUUGCUUAAUUUGUGCAUCCCAUUACUGUGGCAGUACAGAGCAGUUACUGCAGAUGCCAUCAUCCUCUUAAGUACACAUACUGUACAUUAAGCCACAUGUUUAUUUUAUGGCCUAAGCAUUUUAGAGCUUUCCUAGCAAUAACUAAAAAAACUAAUGGAGUAUGAAUGGGAAAAUUGCCUUUUUCAUUUGAUAAUUUAGGUUUAACAGGAUUCUUUUAUUACUUUAGCUAACACAAAAUUGCAGAUGAGAUCGGUUUAAGCAGUAUCAGCAAGUGUUUGAAUUAGAUUUACUGUGAGCCAUGUACUGCAGCUUUCUGAAAAUACAGGUAGUUAUAUCCAAGCAAACUGUCCAAAGUAUCAAAAUUAGAACAUCCUAAGCCAAGCCCCCUGAUUAGUGGGUAGAAUUAUUUCCCAGUGCAAGAUGCUGUGCCAUUACCUACUGCCAAUGGGAUAAUGGGUUUUUAACAUAGAUUUCUGCCCUGGGAUUCAUUAGCGUUCACCUUCUGACUGUCCCUGUGCAUACCACAAGCAUGGCUGACAAGCCUUUCAUUUGCACUUCAGGAAUAUUUUUUAAUUGUUCUUUUGCAAAUAUUUGCAUUUCUUAAUAGCAAUUUCAGGGUGAUCCCUAUUAAUUCACAAGCAGCUGAGUGUAGGGCUUAAAUAUUGGUCUUCAUGUUUCAGAGUUUAUUUAGCGUAGAUUAGAGGACAUUUAUCUUCCCCAAAGCUAAUGGGGCAGGGAUGUAUUGUUUUAUUCAUAUUUGUAGACAGUUUACACAACAGAAAGAUGCAGUCUUACUCAGAGGGUUAAAGCAUCUCCUGCUGAAUGUCAUUGACAACCCUGUUAUUUCAGCUGUAGUUUGUACAGUUCCUCCACAAAGAGGUGCCAGGCUUAUUCUGUUGACCACAAAAUAUCACGCAGAGUAUUUCAUCUGUUAGGGGAAGCAUAAUGUUCAGGCCUCUCAAUAAAUGCCAUGCUUCUGGAGGUGAAAAUCUGCUGCAAGGUCUAUUAUAGUGAAAUGUAGCUUUCAGUUGCACCAGGGUGAUCUGGCCAAGUUUGACAGUUCAUUUCCCAGGAAGGUGUCAAAGCCAUGGAUGAAGCCACAGAGAUUUCUCAUGCAGGGCAGGUAUUUCUUUACCCUUUUCACUGCAGUUAGCUUAAACCCUGUGAUUUGGCAUUGUGUUGCUCAAGCCACCUCAGCCACUUGCACUGGGCAUGGGACCUGCCCCAUGUUCACUGUCUGGUUGAGCUGAGCUUCUUCCUUUUAGCCAGGAUCAGUUGAGAGUCCAGAGUCAAGUAAGACCCACAGUCCUUCCCUCUUCAAUAUUCUGCUUGAUCUUUAAUAAACAGAUUGUGACUGAGGCUUCAGCUGGUGCUUGGUGUGCACCCAUAAACAGCACAUGUGCAGUAUCUUGAAGAACAUCUUUGUGUUCUUGAUAAAGACAAAUUGAAUGCACAGGUGUUGCUUCUAUGGUUGAAUCUUUAAAUUGCAUUUAAGGGGGAGAGCUGCAGGAGGGCAAUAUAACAUCAGUUCUCACAGUUCCCUUCCUUACUGGCCAAAGCCUGUGGCAGAGGGGCAAACCCCUGUUUUCCCACAGGCACAGCAGGGAGCACAGCUCCUGGUCCUGAGCAAGGCAGCAGUGACCAGACCAGACUCCACACUUACAUGGUCCCAGUGGGUGCAGACAUGAGGCAUGGAAAGGUGGUUUUCACCAGCAUUAUUGGUUCAUAAAAGUAACAGCAGUAACAUCCUUCCCAUGACAUGGACCAGGAUUUGGACGGAUGGAUGGGCAGGACAGCACUGUUCCCCAAAGCCCAGAUCCCUGAGAGUCAGCCCUUGGCACCAGGAAAACAGUGUGGGGUUUGCUGUUGCCUUCACAUCCUUCAGGUAUGAUCUCUCUUGGCUAUCAUCUAUGGGACCUGGUGCAGCCCAAGUAGCAUCCCUGGAAAUUGUCAGGGCCAAAUAAAGAAUCUCAGCAGAAAAUCCCAUAUCUAAAGAUCAACUCAGUAGCAAAAUAAGCAAGUUUAUUUUUAUAGGGACUAUUAAACAUUUAAAACAUUUUAAAAUAUUUUUUAAAUCUACACCAAUGACUAAACCUUGUUCCUGUCUAGUAUGCAUGCAGAACCAAUCUCCAUCCAUCCCUAGGGGAAUGACAGCUAUAGUACCUGUAAGGAGUUCAUGCUUUAUUAGUCAAGUAGAACAUUAAUAAAAUCCAGCCCACUUCAUAAUUCCCAGAAUAGUCAUUAAUUAAAAAAACUGUUUAUUGGAAUAGAAAACAAGUAUUUGAUUAGCUUUGUUACAGAACAAUAGCUCUCUUAGUUUUUAUUCUGCAUAUUUUCUUCUUUGUUUAGAAAAUUCUGUUACGAAGCAGUUGAGAUAAUUCGCUUUUUAAAACUGUACAGUUUCUAUUGUUUGCUUUUUAAAUGAGAAUGCACUUUGUAGACUCUAUUAUUAUAUUUUUCUGUUAAAAUUACAUUGGGCAUUACAAAAGCAUUCCCAACCACAGUGAAAAGAAAGCUAUCCUGUUGGUUUAUUUUAAAAGACAAAAAAAUUAAGACAACAUUGCAGAGCUGUGGCAUACUCAGUCCAGUUAGAGCAUGACUCUUUAUUAUUCUUCAUUUACCACAUUAGAAAUAAAAUAAAAUUACACCAGCAAGAUUUCAUUUGAAGCUGUUCUUGCAUGCUCUUCGUACUGUAUUUGAUGGCAUAAUAUUGUUUUGUUUACAAUCUUUUCUUUCUUGUCAUUCUAUUAUAUUCUUCAUAUGUAUAUAAUUUAAAAGAAAAAAAAAGAUUAUACAAAGUAUUUUGUUCUACCUCUGUAAAAAUCAUAUUUGUGAAUAAAGUCACAUUGUCUGUGGAGUACAGUAUUGUGAAUACAGCA